AUGUUCACGGAUGAGAUUGCCACAUUACGGAGGCUGGGAUUUCGACAUGUGAGUCUAGCCCCUCGAACUACCUCUCUGCGCUGGGCGCUCAUCGAACUGACUCCCCUCCUCGCCCGAUCUACGGACUAACCUCGUCUCGUUCAUCACGCCAGGUCCUGCUCCAAGCCCUCAACUUCGCCACCGUCCUCUCGACGGCGUUGAUGAUGUGGAAAGGCUUGGGCGUGAUCUGCAAUACCGAAAGUCCGAUCGUCGUCGUGUUGAGGUCAGUGUUGGACAGAAGGCCCGUCCGCGACCGCGCUUGUCGGUGAUUGACGUGUCCGCCUUUCGUUCGAUUUUGGUGUGCGUGUGCAGUGAAUCUAUGGAGCCGGCUAUUCAGGUGUGUUUCCACGGAACGAAUCAAGCUACGGUCUUUUCACCGGAUGCUGACCUGACCACCCACUCCCCCCGCGCACACACCUCGAUCCCCCCCAAAAAAGCGAGGCGAUCUCCUAUUCCUGACGAUGCCACGCAAAGCCCCGCUCAAGCUCGGCGACAUCACCGUCUACAAAAUCCCCGGCUCGCCGAUCCCGAUCGUUCAUCGUGUGAUUGAGGUGCAUGAUCAGUCAGUCUUUCCACCAUCGAUGUGGUUUUCGAAGGGGGGAGGAUGACCGAUGCUGGAGUUUUUGAUGUCCGAGUAGGAGGAAUACGACCGAGCAAUGGCUCCUGACCAAAGGGGACAACAACAUGGCCGAUGAUGUCGAUCUGUACAAUGGGAUCAAGUACCUCCAACGAAGUCAUAUCGUCGGGAAGGUACAAGGGUUAGUUUUCGGUCUGGAUCGCUGUCGUCUUGAGGUAGUCGUGUGGGUGCUGAUGCGGGUUUCUUUCGUGCGACACAGCUACGUGCCUUAUGUUGGAUACGUGACGAUUAUGAUGGUACGGAUGGGAUUCGAAUUGUCUCGUUCAGAACGCACUGAACUGACUGGAACGUCGUGGUGGUUUCCGAUUCUGCAGAACGACUUUCCCAAGCUCAAGUACGCCUUGCUUGCGAGUAGGUCAUCGUCGAAGAGCUGUUUUCAUUGAACGAUCUUGAAUCAAUUGAGCUGAUCGCUCGAACUACUCUACACUUGACAGUCCUCGGAGGAGCGGUUCUAUUGCAUCGAGAAGGGUAA